AUGGAAACAAUGCCUUGCCAACAAAAGAUGUGGGACUGGCCCCUUCAACACAAUGACGAAUUCGUCAGCCUCGUCGAAGAUGAAAAUCAUUUUGAGGUUGGAUUAGAUGCCAAGCCUUUUGGUCCAAAUGAGAUUGAAGUGAAGACGAUUGGAGAUCUGAUCGAAAUUCACUUAGAGCAUAAGGCGCAGAAAGGAAUGCCACAAGCUCCUUUCACAUCUCGCAGCAUCACAAGAUGCUAUCAACUUCCUAAAGAUGUCAACGUUGGAACCUUGAAGAGUAACAUUGAUCAUCAAGGAGUUCUUCACAUCUCUGCCAUGAAAUGUCAUUGA